AUGGGUCUUUUGCCCUCAGUGGAUCCCUCGCUCGUCCCUCCCUUCCUCCUCGUCUCCCUCCCCCUCGCCUACCUCUCCUACCGAUUCUACGUGCGCCUGACCACCAUCCCGCCUUCUCAGCGGCCGUACGACCCCAAGACCGGCAUCGGGCGCGGCGCACCAGGUUUCCAGACGGGCGUCCGUAAGGUCGCGAUUCCGAAGGACUUGAUGGAGCGGAUCAAGAGGGGCGAGGAAGUGAGCGCGGAAGAGAUCACGGCGGGAAUAGAGAGGGAGAGGGAGAGGCUCGAGAGGGAGGAGCGCAGCUCGGCGAGUGCCGGCGAGGAAGAAGCGGAACGGAGGAAGCUACCCGAGAACGUGGACGAGGAGUGGUUGCCUGCUGUUGCGACGGGAACGAGCGGGAAAAGCAAGGCGCGGAGGCGCAAGAAGUAG